UCUAUAUAAAUGCUUCUUAUUCUUCCCUUUUUAGAGUAAAGUAGCUCCCAUAGAGCCAGUCAAACUGAAAAACUUUUGGUCCAGAUUCCUGUCUUUUUUUAUUUUUCGGAGCAAUCUAGUUUAAACUCUUGUUCAUCCAGACCCUCUCAUUUCAUUGGUCCAGGUAACACAUCAAGAGGCAACUCCACCAAGUGCACUGCAGUUUAGCCUUAGAAAAUUGUCAGGAGCACUGUGAAAAAAUGAAAACCUUGGAGUUGAUCCUUUGAAAGGCAGUGGCAUCUAUAUCCUAAUGGGCAAACAUUACUUAGAGAUGAACAGAAGCAAUCUAUUAUUUCUGAAUCUUUAUGCUUGAAUAUAACACAAAAACACUCUUUGUGCUCCUCUUAAUGUCCAUGGCAAUAGGCUUUGUUUCAGGCUCCACUAAUUAAACAGAUGGCAUCCCAACUCAGAGUGGCCAUAUGUGGGUGCUGGUGCUUCAAAUACUUUGGCUCUUAUAACAGUUUGCACCAAUAGAAAAAUGGAAGGAGUGUCCUAGUCUUGCAACAGUGACCCAAGUGUUCUCAUCCAUACUCGAAUACGUACAUCUGGAUAUGUACUUGCACUUUGGAAAACGGACCAGGGAACUUGAAGCAUUUUCAGAUCUGACUCCCCUUAAGACUCUGGUGUGGCCAUGAUCAGAUCCCUAAAAAAGACGUUGCUGUCCCAGAACCGGGAGUCACCUCAGUGGAGCCCAGCAGAAGUUGCGGUGCCCGGAUGUGAACUCCGGCAUUAUGAGGCUGGCUUAUGGGCCAGCACUGUGAUCAAAGGUGAGAGCCAGAAGGAGGCCCUUCGUCAAGGGUUCAGCAAACUCUUCCACUACAUCCAGGGAGAGAAUGAGACAGAGACUCAGAUUGAGAUGACAGUGCCAGUGACCUGCCGGGUGCAGCCUGGCACCACUGAAUACAAGGUUUCCUUCUUUGUACCAACUAAGCAUCAGAAUUCUCCACCAGAGCCCACAGACCCGGAUGUGUUCAUUGAGGAGAGGAAAGGAGCAGCCAUUUUUGUCAGAUCAUUUGGAGGAUUUGCUUCUGCAGAAAAAUUCAGCAAAGAAGCCAAAGCUCUAGCAGAUACUCUGCAGAAAGAGGGUCAAUCUUUUCAUUCCGAUUUCUACUAUACUGCUGGCUAUAACAGUCCUUUUAGACUCUUCAACAGACAUAAUGAAGUUUGGUAUUUCAAGAAAGAAGAAAUAGAAGGGUUAUGGAUGGCAAAGAACUUCCUUGGAAAAAUUGGCAAACUCCUAGUCUAAUGGACAGUUAAAGGAAACCUGGGCACUGACCUCAACUGCCACUGAUUCACACCGUGGGAAUAUCUGCAUGGAUCUGCCAUUCCCUUUUAGUUAUU